GAGAGAGUGAGGUGAGAUCUGCUGAGACCUUCGAGAACUCGGGCAUUGAAAAUGGAUUGAAAUUCAAAAUCCGAGGGCCGAUCUUAUAAUUGGGUAUAAAGCCCUCCUCACAGUAUGGAGUUCAACUACCUGUUCAAGGACCUCUCGACCACAGCCCACGUCAGGCAGAGUUACAUCUCGGUCUUCUCUCCAAAGAUCCGGCUGGUCCUCAUCUGGAACUUCUGCUUCGCCUUCGUCGCCUACGUGUCUGUGCUGCUCACCCUUUAUGAGGUGUUCUUUGACACGACGGAGCGCUUCCUGUGGGUCAUCAAGUACUUCCUCGACGCUCUCUUCAUUUUGAACAUCGUCUCCCAGUUCUACAUCGGCUACGAGUCCCAAGGCGUGGUGAUCAUGGACGAGAAAAUGGUGCGGAAUCACUACCUUCACCGAUGGUUCAUCCUGGACGUCAUCUCCAUUUUACCCAUCGAGGUCUUUGCUCUGACGCACCCCGAGUGGAAUAUCUGGGAGGUUUUUCCUUACUGGCGUCUCAAUCGGCUCUUCAAAACCGUGCAGAUCUUCAGGUUUACAACGUCCCUCAGGAAGGUGCCGGAGUUCAACAAAAUCCACGUGGCCAACAUUUAUUUUUUCUGCGUCAUAACGCUCACCCUGCACGUGUUUUCCUGUUUCUGGUACUUGGUGGCCUGCACGGCUCUCCACGACGAAAAGACGAGGAACUGCGGCGGCAAGAAGUCCUGGCCGAGUCUACUGAGACAGGAUGGUGGAUUUAUGAAUAACUUUUCGACUUUUGAUGCCUACGUGACGUCUCUUUACUGGGCUGGAAUCACAUUCACGACAGUCGGGUAUGGAGAUGUCUAUGCCAGGAACGUCAGUGAGAUUGCCGUCUCAGUUGUGCUAAUGUGCACUGGAAUGAUCCUCCUCAGUGGCUUCAUCAUGGCGGACAUGAGCUCCAUCAUCACGAAUUUGGAAGCUCGCAAGGGCAGGUUCUACACCAGGCUGGAAUCCAUCAAGUUGUACCUGGAGGACAUCGGAGUAGCCGACGACAUCAAGAGUUGGAUUUCCAAGUAUUACAGCUACAUGUGGCAUCACCGCAAAGGCGCCGUCAUUUCAGGGUUACUCGAUGACCUCCCGUUCACACUCCAUGCUGAGAUCUCGGUCACGGCAGCCAAGGUGCUUCUGAAGAAGGCUCAUCUCUUUGAUGGAACCGGAGACGGGUUCAAGAGGUCCUUGUCGAUGCACAUUCACCCGUACACCUACAGUGCUGGCCAGAUCCUGGUGAGGUACGGCGAAGUGAGCAGGACCAUGUACUACCUGAAGCAUGGACUCGUCCAGGUGCUCGGUGAAGAUCCAGAAGAUAAAGUGGCCACCUUGUUACCUGGAUGUCUCUUUGGUGAAAUAAAUUUGGUCUUCAGGAUCCCCAGAAACGUGACGCUCUGUGCUGCCACGACCUGCGAGAUUUAUCUCUUACAUCAGGACGACCUUCUGAGUUUGUUCCCUGACUUUCCGGAAGAUGGAGAAAAAGUAAGAGAAGCUGCCAACACGCGUCUUUUUAACUCCAUUUAUCCCCUGAAGGACGCCUUUAAUUUUGGCAUCGCAAGCAACCCGCAGUCUGUGGUUUUUCACAAGAACAUUGCGGACAAGCUGAAGAUUGAAGACCAGCACAUCUUCCAUAGCUUUGUGGCCACCGCCGAGGGCCAGCUGGGCAAACUGCCAGGAGCCGUGAUGAAAACACUGGAAGGGUCCACGAAGAAGGUCUUUUGGAAGAAAACCAUCAAACCUGAUUCCUGGUUUAAAAAGUCGUGGAUGCUUUUCUAUAUUUUGUGCCUCGUGAUUGGAGUGACCCUGGAAACCUGGGUGGUCCUGUUCACCCAAGUCUCAGAAGUGCCGGGUUUUUACUCGUCUCCUUCCAGACUGUUGCUCAUUUUGUUGGCCUACAUCAUUGACACCAUAGCAAUUGCAGACAUCAUCAUCACUCUUCGCACCCAAAUCAUAUCCAGGGAUGGAAACUUGUCAGAUUUAAGGAGCAUCUUCAAGAGCUACAAGGAGUCCUGGAAUGUGUACUUUGACGUCCUCGCUAUUUUACCUUUGGAGAUCUUCUCGUUUGUGCACAAGCAUCAAGUCAAGAGCUGGAACUUACUCGGGCUGCUGAGACUGAACCGUCUUCUUUGGAUCCGAAAGAUUUACAUGUUUUUCGUGAGCAUGGAAAACAAUCCGGAAAAGAACUUGUUCCUGUACAGAGCGAUGAAGAGCGCCUUCAUAGUCUUCUUCUCCAUUCACUUCAGCGGUGGAAUUUACUAUUUAAGCGGCUGUUAUUAUGUUAGCUGUAACAAUGGCACCUGGGUGGAUCGGAUGGGACUGUCCAUUUCUACUGAACCCCAGCACUACUCGAAAUCGAUCUACUGGUCGGCCGCCACCUUGACGUCAGCAGGGUAUGGUGAUGUGAGGGCCUACACGACACUGGAGAAGAUCAUCUGUGUCACCAUCGGCUUUCUCGGCGUCUUUGUCUUCAACUACUUUGUCAGUGAAAUUGGCGCCACUCUUGCCAGCACCAAUGCAGCCAGGGAAGCCUUUCAGAAUCGCAUCAGAGCGGUGGUGCAGUUUAUGGAGGCCCACGAGCUCAGCGAGUCCCUGCAGAUGAGGGUCAUAAAGUACAUGUGCCUGCUGUGGAACAAAUACAAGGGGCAGGCGUAUCCUGAAGGGCCUUUCUUGAUGAAGGAUUUGUCUUCUGAACUCCAGCAGUCUGUGCUCAUGACAGAGAGGGGGCACCUGCUGUCCCGGCUUCCCUUUUUCAGCGAAGCCAACCCGGAGUUCAUCCAGGACCUCGCCUUCGCCUCCGUCAUGUACUUCUACCCCAAAGGCGAAAUCAUCCAGUACAGCGACACGGUCAGCCGGGAGCUCUUCUGCAUACGGAAGGGCAUCUGUGAGAUUUUGAGUGAAGAUCUCGCCAACAUCAUGGGCACCUUUACCCCCGGAAUGUACUUUGGAGAGCUCGGAUUUCUGUUCGGCAAGCCAUCGGUGGUGACUGUGCGUGCGAAAACCGUCUGCGACAUUCUCAUCACCGACUUUGAGCGAGUGCAGUCCAUCCUGCUGAAGUACCCAACUCUGCAGAAGCAGCUCGACUCGCUGCAGGACAACGCCACGUACUGCAAGACCCUCAUGAAGCACGUGGACAAUCUGGUGAAGGAGAAGCUGAAGAGGAAGAACGUCUUUGAAGAGAAAGUGGAGCGGAAGAAGCAGGUGCUGCUGCAAUAUCAGGGGCGACGCUACUGCAAAAAGUCCAACUGCUAUGUUGAAGAUUUUGGGAAUUUUCCGAUUUAUGCUGGGAUGAAGGAAGAAACCGUGGAUGAGAGACUGAGGAAAACCAGCAGGAUUAAGCUGAUCCAGCACCGUCCCUCGUCGCUGAAGGAGAGCGUCGAGUUGUUUCUUCUCACAACGCUGCCUAAAAUAAUCCUGAUGAAGAAUGCCAUCCUGCCCAGUAACCCGCUCUACAUCAGAUGGGAGAUCUUCCGCAUCAUCACCGCCGUGUUUGUCUGCGUUGGCAAUUCUGUCCUGUUUGCUUUUGCGCACACCAGCAUCACCGUUUGGGUCAUCUGCUAUUUCCUGCAGCUGAUCUCCUGGAUUGACAUUUAUGUCCGUCUACACGUCGCCUUCUACCAGGACAACAAGCUCGUCGUGGACACGCUGGAGACUGCGAGAAACUACGCCAGGUCGAGCUUUUUGGUGGAUUUCACCUCGUGCUUCCCCUGGGAGGUCUCCUUUCUGCUCUUCGGUUCUCCGCGUUACGAGGGACAGUUGCUGCGUAACGACAAGGCCCUGCACUUCUACGCACUCCUGAGGACGACGCACAUUCUUCAGCUGUACCGCAUCCCGCUGGCCUUCCACUACUGGCAGUCUGGCAUCGCCACCGAGAAGGUUUCCGUCACCAUGUUUAAGUUCUUCAUCUACAUGGUGUUGUUCAUUCAUUUGUCUGCCUGCCUUUGCUUUGCUGUUGUCUGUAACCCCAGGACGGACUUUAAAAUUAAUCGUAACGAGACGUACACGUUCCCAGUGACCAAACACCAGUGCCAGCCGCAUUCCUGGGUGACGACUAUCGCGUCUCUCUACAUCAUCUCCUUCAAUGACGCCACUUUCUAUGAAGUGUACAGCACAUGUGUGUACUUUGCAGCAGCUACGGUUUUCACGGUUGGCUAUGGCGAUUUGCAUUCCGCUUCUUUAAGAAUGGAUCUUCUCCUUACCUGUCUAAUGGUGGUCGGUGCCGUGCAUUUUGGCUGGAUGGUUGGAGUCGGGACGUCAAUCCUUGCCAAUGCCAAUGCCGCCAGGACCUCUUACUCUGAGAGAGUCUCCUCCAUUCUUCACUUCUUGAAGAGCCACAAUAUUUCAGGGUCCAUACGAAAUAACAUUCUCAAAUACUACGACUUCAAAUGGAUCAAGACCAGCGGCAUCGACCCGGAGACUCUCUUCGACUACCUGCCAUCCUCUCUCCUUGGAGACAUUUCAACAAUCGUCUAUGCGGACCUCAUCACGAAGGCUUUUGGGCUGAAUGUCGCAAAGAAGACCCAAAUGAAGAAGUACAAGAUCUCCGAGAAGUUAACCCCGACCCAGCGCUCGCUGUCUGGAAAGCUGAGUGGUCCCAUCUUACAGGAGACGCUCAGUAAAGAAAGCCUGACCAGCCUGGAGACGGACCGAGGAUUCAUCCGCUUGCUGUCCAAGCAGAUCCGGCCCUGUCUCUUCAGGGCCUACGACACCAUCUUCAAGAGCAACGACUACGCUGAGGAGAUGUAUUUCAUCGACAAAGGGGAGGUGGAGGUCCUUUCACAAGAUGAGAGGCAGGUGAUGGUGACGCUGACGGCCGGCCAGUAUUUUGGAGAAGGCAGCCUGCUGUUCUCCGAGCCACAGAGCGCCACAGUCAGGGCAGCAACAAAUUGCCAGCUUUACGUGCUGACAAAGAAGAACUUUGACGAGGCCAUGAAGUACUACCCCUACAUCCUCUCGGAGAUCAAAGAGGCCGCCCUGGUCAAACAGAAGGAGAUCCAGGAGCUCAAAACCAAACUCCUCGAGCAGGAAAUGGCUGAAGAACAAAACAAAGGCGCCGACGCCAAGGACUCCUCAUUGCUGAAGCUCUGCAUGCAGCACAUGAAGGAACAGGCGGAGAUGAUGGAGUACAAGAGUCUGCCUCUGAGGGUGAAACUGAAGAAGAAAUUCCAGCAGUUUGCCAGGUCGCUCUUGCCGAACCUCAUCCGCAUCCAUAACUUCACGAUUAAUCCAGAGAAGCCGUUCCGGAUCAUCCUGCAGUACACGUCCUGCUUUGUGAACAUCACGUCUUUCUUGAUGCUAACGUACAUGCCAGCCGUCUUUAACAUCUCCAACACGGUGUUUUUGCUCAGCAUGAUUGUGGAGUAUCUGCUCAUACUUGAGAUCUUCCUGAAAUUUCACAUGUGCUACUACGAUGAAAACGGAACCUACGUGUACGAUUACCAGGCCAUAUCCAGCAAAUACCUGAAGAGCAGGUCCGGCUUCAUCUUCGAUUUGGUUUGCUCCUUCCCGAUUGAGUUUCCAGCCUGGAUGGCGGUAAAACAUAAAGAAUACAACACAAUGGGUAUCACCAUGACGAACGUCCGCCUGUUACACUGCAUACGCAUCAUCCGAAUUUAUUUGUUCAUUGAAGACGAAAAGAAAGUGAUUACCAAUAAUAUUCUGCUAAUCCGGGUGAUCGUCUUUGCUCUGGAGAUCAUCCUUUUUGUACACGUGUGUGCGGUGAUUUACGUCAAGAUGGAGUGUCCAAAUCAGUGCAAGCCGGUGGGAUGGUACGUCUCAGAAGACCUUCAAGACUACGCCGACAUCUACUCUUACGCCCUUUACUGGGUGGCAGCGACCUUUACGACAACUGGCUAUGGUGACGUGCGGGCUACAGUUCCCUACGAAAUGUGGUACACGGUGCUGACGAUCGUGCUGUCCAAAGUCAUCGUUGGUUACAAUAUUGGGUGCAUCUCGGCCGCCCUGUCCAACAUGAAUGCCAAGCAGGUGCUGUAUGAGGAGAAGCUGCAGAUCAUUAAGGAGUAUCUGGACAACGAAGGCAUCGGGGGCUCCCUGAAGCAGCGCGUCAUGCACUUCUUCAACUACCAGUGGGCUCGGAGUCAAGGCCUGGACUACAACGUCGUCUUCAGUGACACACCCAACUACAUGAAGACGGAAAUCUUCUCCAGAGUGAGUGUGAAUUUACUGAAGAAGCAAAGAGCUUUCCGAAAAGUGUCCCAUGGAUUCCUCCGACAGCUUUCUACCAAAAUGAAGCUGAUCAGCUACACGACUGGCGAGUACAUUUCACGCAGCGGAGACAUCGGCACCGACAUGUUCAUCAUACUCAAUGGAAGAGCUCAGCUGGAAAGAAAUGGAACCAAGAUGAACAUGUUAGGCCACGGGAAGAGCUUCGGCGUCAUCUUUCUAGUUGAACGAAAAAUGCUGAAGGAGUCGGUGAUCACCCGGAGCUACGUCGACAUCCUCUCACUGUCCAGGGAGGACUUCGAGAAGGUGUCAUCACUCUUCCUGCAAGACAAGAAGAAAAUCAUCAAGAGCGUGUCGGGGAUGCUGAUCAGUGGGAAAGAACAGGACCUGAUGUAG